GAGCUCAUGUGUUACCCUCAGCCCUCACAAUCGUCGUCGUCAUUAACAUUUUCGGGCGUUUAGGUGUUUCGGUGUGUACCGGUAGCGGUAGUAGCGGUGUACCCAGUGUACCGAGUUGAUUAUUGACAGGACAUCUUGUUUGUCUUGACUGUUGUUUAAGCAUGACUGCUUUUGAAGAAAUGGGAGUACUGCCAGAAAUCGCGCAAGCGGUUGAAGACAUGGAAUGGACGCUCCCAACCGAUGUCCAAGCGGAGGCUGUGCCUCUAAUUUUGGGUGGUGGUGAUGUACUGAUGGCGGCCGAGACGGGUAGUGGAAAGACAGGAGCAUUUUGUCUUCCUAUCUUACAAAUUGUGUGGGAGACCCUCAAAGACGAACAAACAGGAAAAAACAAAAGAGGCGGCAAAGCAGCUGCUGCAACAACGACAUCAAAAAAUUGGACAAUGAGUUUCUUCGACAGAGGAGAGGCACUGGCCGUCAGCCCGGACGGUUUGACGACUCAGAGUCGGGACCACAAAGCAUGGCAUGGCUGCCGCUGCACUAAGGGUGUACAAAAUAGGGGGAAAUACUACUACGAAGCUAAGGUCACAGAUGAGGGACUGUGCCGUGUGGGGUGGUCAACUCUGGCGGCCGCUCUUGAUUUAGGAACUGACAGUCGGGGUUAUGGUUUUGGUGGGACAGGAAAAAAAUCAUUUGGGAGACAGUUUGAUGAAUACGGCGAGCCCUUCGGCAUGCACGACGUGAUUGGAUGUUACUUGGACCUAGACAACAAUAUCGUCAAGUACUCUAAAAAUGGAGUGGACCUGGGCGAUGCUUUCCAGAUUGCUCAGAAUCUCAGGCGAUGCCCUUUCUUUCCUGCUGUUGUUCUGAAGAAUGCAGAGAUGUCAUUCAACUUUGGAGCUUCGCCUUUCAAGCAUCCUCCACCGGGUGACUACAUAGCGGUCUGCGAGACACCCAAGGAAUGUAUGCUUGACUCCACCGUUACAGGCACAUCUGUUGGAGCACCGAAGAAUGUUAAGAAUGCUCCACAGGCCAUCAUCAUAGAGCCUUCCAGGGAGCUAGCUGAGCAGACAUUGAAAUGCAUCACCAGCUUCAAGAAGCACCUGAAAGAUCCAGUAGUAAGGGAGCUGUUAGUUAUUGGUGGAGUUGCUGCAAAAGAACAAGUGGAAAUGCUGAGAAGUGGGGUGGACAUUGUGGUGGGCACACCAGGUCGCCUGGAAGACCUCAUUUCGACGGGUGAAGUUAGUCUCACGCAGGUGCGAUUCUUUGUGCUGGAUGAAGCUGAUGGCCUCCUAAACCAAGGCAAUGGUGACCUGAUCAACAGGAUACACAAGCAAAUUCCGCAGAUUACCGCGGAUGGGAAGCGUUUACAGAUGGUGGUGUGCUCCGCAACAUUGCAUUCGUUUGAAGUCAAGAAAUUAGCCGAGCGGCUGAUGCAUUUUCCAACCUGGGUCGACUUGAAAGGAGAGGACAGUGUCCCUGAAACUGUUCAUCAUGUUGUUUGCAUCGUAGACCCUAGAAAAGACUCGUCGUGGAUGAGCCUUAGCCGGCACGUUACGACUGAUGGCGUUCAUCAGGCAGAUGGUAUUCGACCAGGAGCGAACACGCCCGAAACCUACUCCGAAGCCGUUAAACUCCUUAAAGGGGAAUACACGAUACGAGCCAUUCAGAAGCAGAAGAUGGAUCAGGGGAUCAUUUUCUGUCGAACAAAAUUGGACUGUGAUAACUUGGAAAAGUACAUGAUCCAACAGGGAGGAGGGCCCAGAAACAGGAACAACCCUUUCUCCUGCGUCUGUCUCCAUGGAGAUCGUAAGCCUCAAGAGAGGAAGGGAAAUUUGGAAAUGUUCAAGAGAGGAGAGGUGAAAUUCUUAAUUUGCACGGAUGUCGCAGCUCGAGGUAUCGAUAUCUCUGGUGUACCAUUCGUGAUUAAUGUGACGCUUCCUGAUGAAAAGUCAAACUAUGUCCAUAGGAUUGGUCGAGUCGGAAGAGCAGAACGAAUGGGGCUGGCCAUAUCACUAGCAGCAGCAGUUCCAGAAAAGGUCUGGUACCACUCCAAUUGCUCGAGCAAAGGCCGCAACUGUUUCAACACCAACCUCACCGAGCGCGGCGGCUGCUGCAUCUGGUACAACGAACCGCAGUACCUGUCCGACAUCGAGGAUCAUCUGAACGUGACGAUCCAGCAAGUCGAGCCAGACCUCCACAUUCCUGCCGACGAAUUUGACGGGAAAGUUGCAUACGGACAGAAGAGACAGCAAAUGGGGAGUAUGUACGAAACACACACCAAGCAGAUGGCUCCUGCAGUUCAAGAGUUGGCUCAACUUGAACACAAAUCUCAGUCCCUGUUUAUCGAGCGGUACUACAUCAAUAAGCAGUCGUUCCUGCGUUAGACUGCGUGCAUUAUCUUGCGCUUGUUUUUGUGUCAUUUUUUUUUUGUUCUGGAGAUACGAAACAAUAAAUAAGUUAUUGUCCACCCCAAAA